CAGCCAUUCAUUCACAGUUCCCAUGCUCACUCAUGCGAUCAUGCGUCCGAACCGCUCGUAGCCUACUGCAGUGUUGGCAGGUGCACGCUGUUCGACCCAUUGGAUUGCGACAACCCUUCCUCAGCCAUGAACUCCCGUCCGUCUUCAGAAGUUAUGCGCAAGCUUCCAGAGCCCAAUCCGAUCUUGAGAAACGCAUUGCCGAGAUCCCUAUCGAACGUUAUCGGAACUUCUGCAUUGUAGCACACGUCGACCAUGGCAAGUCUACACUGUCGGACAGGCUGUUGGAGCUCACGGGCACCAUUGAGCCGGGGGGGAAUAAGCAGAUUUUGGACAAAUUAGAUGUGGAGAGGGAGCGUGGUAUCACCGUCAAGGCGCAGACAUGUACCAUGAUAUACAAUUACAAGGGGGAGGAUUAUCUGCUUCACUUAGUGGAUACGCCUGGGCACGUUGAUUUCAGAGCAGAGGUAUCCAGGAGUUAUGCCAGCUGUGGCGGAGCUCUUCUUCUGGUCGAUGCCUCACAGGGGGUGCAAGCCCAGACAGUAGCGAACUUCUACCUGGCCUUCUCCCAAGGUCUAGCACUCGUCCCCGUCAUCAACAAGAUCGAUCUCCCCCAUGCGGACCCUCCCAGCGUCCUCGAGCAAAUGCAGGUUACUUUCGAGCUGGAUCCAGACAAGGCCAUUCUGGUCUCAGCCAAGACUGGUAUCAACGUGGAGGCGCUCCUGCCGAGCGUGGUGGAACAAAUUCCUUGCCCCGAUGGUGAUCCAACUAAGCCACUUCGACUACUCCUUGUCGAUUCAUGGUAUGAUGUCUACAAGGGCGUGGUACUUCUUGUACGCAUAUUCGACGGACAGGUGAAGCCCGGAGAUACACUCAGAUCAUUUGCGACCGGGCUAAAAUACAUUGUUGGAGAAGUUGGAAUCAUGCACCCUGACCAGACACCGCAGUCUGUCCUGAAAGCUGGACAGGUCGGCUACAUCCACUUUAAUCCCGGUAUGAAGCGCUCCCAGGAAGCGAAAGUGGGCGAUACAUACACCACGCUAGGAUCUGAAAAGCUGGUAGAGCCAUACCCAGGUUUCGAGGAGCCGAAGAGCAUGGUAUUCGUCGCUGCUUUUCCGGUCGACCAGGAUAAUUACGAGCAUCUAGAAGAGAGCAUCCAGCAAAUCGUACUCAACGACCGUAGCGUCACUGUUCAGAAGGAAUCGUCGGACGCACUUGGAGCAGGUUGGCGAUUGGGUUUCUUAGGCACUCUACACUGCUCUGUCUUCGAAGACCGUCUAAGACAAGAGCAUGGAGCCAGUAUUAUCAUCACACCACCCUCUGUUCCGUUCAAGGUUGUCUGGAAAAACGGCACGGAAGAAGUAAUCUCAAACCCCAACGAAUUCCCCGACCAAGACAAGCACCACAUGCAAGUCGCCGAAGUCCAUGAACCCUACGUCACCGCAACAAUCACGCUCCCAGAUGAGUAUCUCGGGAAAGUUAUCGAAUUGUGCGAAGCCAAUCGUGGCGAACAAAAGGAGCUCACAUUCUUCACAGCAACGCAAGUCAUUCUAAAAUACGAAAUCCCACUGUCCCACCUAGUUGACGACUUCUUCGGAAAGCUGAAAGGCACCACCAAAGGCUAUGCCUCUCUCGACUAUGAAGACGCUGGGUUCCGAAAAUCCAAUAUCGCCAAACUGAACCUGCUCGUAAACGGUUCUCCGGUCGAUGCUGUCUCCCGUAUCCUGCAUUCCAGCCAAGUCGAUCGUGUUGGCCGGGCAUGGGUAGAGAAGUUCAAACAACACGUCGAUAGGCAGAUGUUCGAGGUAGUGAUUCAGGCAGCGGUAGGUAGGCGGAUUGUAGCAAGGGCGACCAUCAAGCCUUUUAGAAAGGAUGUCCUUGCGAAACUUCAUGCUAGUGAUGUGAGCAGGAGGAGGAAGUUGCUUGAGAAGCAGAAGGAAGGGAGGAAGAAGCUGCGAGCCGUGGGCUCGGUUGUGAUUGAACAGGAAGCAUUCCAGAACUUCCUUGCAAAGUAAAUCCGCAGUUAUCCCCACUCACAAAUACACAUGUAAAUAACUGAACUAAUUGCCUCCAACAUCUCAUUACUG